GUUGAAGCGUUUUUCAGGAUCAAGGUGAAACUCUCCUGGUAGCGCGAUGUCACUAUUCACCUCUCACAGGCAGUUUUGCCGAAAACUGGCACACAAGUAUGUAUCCAGGACUUUCACCUCCCGACCCUCUCUCAAUGAAGUUGUCAUUGUCAGCGCAGCUCGGACCCCCAUGGGCUCCUUUAAAGGAAGCCUCUCCACAGUUCCUGCCACCAAGCUGGGCUCGAUUGCCAUUAAAGGAGCAAUCGAGCGAGCAGGAAUCCCUCCUGAGGAGGUGAAGGAGGUGUACAUGGGUAAUGUGCUGCAGGCAGGUGAAGGACAAGCUCCAACCCGACAGGCUCUUCUAGGUGCUGGCCUGCCUCUUUCCACUCCAGCUACAACAAUUAACAAAGUAUGUGCCUCUGGCAUGAAGUCCAUCAUGAUGGCGGCUCAGAGUCUGAUGUGUGGACAUCAGGAUGUGAUGGUAGCAGGUGGUAUGGAGAGUAUGUCUCAAGUUCCCUAUGUGAUGGCCAGAGACGCACCCACCUAUGGCGGGGUGAUGUUGGCUGAUCUUAUCGUGAAGGACGGCCUUACAGACGUCUACAACAAAUUUCACAUGGGUAACUGUGCAGAAAACACAGCCAAGAACAGCAGCAUAUCCCGAGACGAGCAGGACAGUUUCGCCAUAAGCUCAUAUUCACGCAGCAAGGCAGCAUGGGAGUCAGGAAUCCUGGCCAAGGAAGUGGUACCAGUCAGCAUCCCACAAAGAGGCAAACCAGAUGUUGUGGUGAAGGAGGACGAGGAGUACCGGAAGGUGGAUUUUAGCAAGGUACCUAAACUGAAGGCGGUCUUCCUGAAAGAGAAUGGUACAGUGACAGCAGCUAACGCUAGCACCCUGAACGACGGUGCUGCCGCCGUCGUCCUGAUGACAGCGGACGCCGCAAAGAGGCUCAACGUCAAUCCACUGGCAAGGAUCGUAGCUUUUGCUGAUGCUGCUGUUGCUCCUAUCGACUUCCCCAUUGCUCCAGCAUUUGCAGUUCCCAAGGUGCUGGAGGCAGCUGGUGUGAAGAAGGAGGAUGUGAGUAUGUGGGAAAUAAACGAGGCGUUCAGUGUGGUGGUGCUGGCCAACAUCAAGAUGCUGGACAUCGACCCCAGCAAAGUCAACAUUAAUGGAGGAGCGGUUUCUCUCGGCCAUCCUAUUGGGAUGUCCGGGACGAGGAUAGUCGGGCACAUGGUGCACAAUCUGAAGGCUGGGCAGUACGGCAUGGCUAGCAUCUGUAACGGUGGAGGUGGAGCUUCAUGUAUUCUCAUUCAGAAAUUCUAGCUUGUUGAUGGUUAUCUUUAACAUCUAAGGUCACAGGAGGAUAGAUUAUUCCUUAAAAGACGGAAUUUAGAAAGAGAAUGUUGCACUUAUCAGCCUUAAAUCUGACUUCUUCAGGUUACUGUCACUCCAAAAUAGGUCACUCCUUCUAUCGUGUCCUUUUUUGUCGAAUGUUAAAUCAAGUAGGAUAUUUAUUUUGAACAUUAUUUAAGCCAGGAGAUCUUUUUGCUUGUGAUAAUUUUUUCCAUGUUGGGUGCCAUUUUCAAAAAUAAUGCAGUCAUUGACAAACCAA